AGUUGCUGGUUGCAUUCGGAAGGUAGAGAAUAUUCAGAAAAAUAUGGGUCUGGAGUUGGUCGUAGUUGUAUCGCUACUCUCCUUGGCGAUGGGACAGAUUCGGCCGGAGAGCUCGUGCUCUAACUACUUUCAAUAUGUAAACAAUACUGCUGAGGAAAUUUAUGGCGAAAUAACGCUGCCCACUUUGAAGCCGGGUCACAAUCGCAUCGACUUGGUUUUCUCCCAGAUGUGUGAUCAAGAUGACACAUCCGUGGGUCAGCUGAAACCGUACCCGGAUGAAAGGGAAAUUCUAUGGAGCACCGGACCCUAUAAGUUCCGAAUCGCCCUCAAACAGAGUCUGAGCAAUAGGAAGCCUAGGCUGUCGCAACUGGCCUACAAUGAUCAGCUGCUCUGCGGCGAAUACGCUCUAUAUGUCAGCUACUACACACGCUUCUAUGAGUUUUCCAAAAAUGAAUCGCUGGACCGUCCACCUUCGUCAUCAAGUGUUUGCGGAAGGCAGGGCAGCAUAGCUCCGUUUGUUAUAGGCGGAAAGAAGUUCCCACUAGGUCGGUAUCCCUGGCUUUCUGCCAUCUUUCACAAGGAUUCAGCUCCAGUCAGUGGAAGCUACAAGUGCGGGGGAUCCCUGAUCUCCGCCAGUGUCGUCAUCAGUUCCGCCCACUGUGUGUACAAGAUGUCGGAGAGCAGCGUGCUCAUCGGAUUAGGUGUACAUGAUCUAAGUAAUUACUUGGAGAUUGGGGCCAAUAGGCGAAAUGCAAAGCGAUUGAUCUCCCAUCCGGAAUUCGAAAACUACUUCAUUCCCGAUGUGGAUAUCGCGCUGAUCAUCAUGGAUCGGCCAGUCACGUUCAACGAAAUUAUAGCACCGAUUUGCCUGUGGGCUGCGAACUCGGUCGGUAAGUAUAGCAAGGCUGGCAUCAUUGCGGGAUGGGAAACAAAGAAGAACAGUUCCGAGUCGCAGUAUCCUUGGGUUGUGGAGGUGGAGAUACUGAGUCCCAAGGACUGUGUUCGUGAUGAAAUCGUAUGGAGAGAUCCCAGGCUGUGCGCAGCAAAACGCGAUGCAUCGCAGGGCCCAUGUUACGGCGAUUCUGGCGGAGGACUGAUGGUCCUACAAGACGAUCGAUGGCUACUCCGGGGAAUUGCAUCUUCCUGGAUAACAGCACCUAACGGCUCAUGCAACUCCAACCAAUACGUAGAGUACUGCGAUGUGGCCCAGCAUAUUAACUGGAUAAAAGAAAAUAUAACCUAAGCUUUGUAUUGGCGAUCCUAUUGGGUACAUAUAUUAAACGGAACAUUUAAAAAGGCAUUUAUUGGAACAAUGAAAAUGUGCGAAUAAAAUCCGUUGAACAUUCGACCUCAAUCCAAAACAUUUUAGUUAAAUAUAAAAUGUAUUAAAAAUGAUUCAACAUUU